CUGCAUGUGGCUUCCCCUAUCCCCGGCCCCGUGACUCAGUCCCUCUGAGGGAACCAGCCCUCUUCUUGGCACACAGGGGCUAGGUGGGGACACCAGAGUUGAGAAGUAUAAAAGUUCCCAGCCAAAAUAGAAUUGAAGAUACAACCUGACGGUGGCGGCCUGUGACAGGGACCUCUCUGCCUGAUAUCCACAGAUGUCUGGGGUCAAACUCUCACUGUGUCAAGGCCUAUCCAUUGGUGAGCGGCUACUGUGGGUCCCGGGAAGAGGGUGGACAGAGAGAAGUCUGAAUUGCCUGAACAGGAUUUAUACAAAUGCAGACUCCAUGUUGGGCUCUCUUUGCCUUCUGUGGCUGGCGGCCAUGACCACCUCCUUGGUUUCCCAAGCUCAUAUCUUGACCAUGGAAGACUACCAGGAAGGGGAAGGGGAUGAUAUGACAGUAGCUACACCUUCCUUAGCUGUCCGUUGCGACUAUGACCGUUGCCGACACCUGCAGGUGUCCUGCCAGGAGCUGCAAAAGGUUGGGCCAGUAGCUUGCCUGUGCCCAGGGCUCUCCAGGGAAGAUCAACAGCCAGACCCUCCUCGCCUGGGAGAAGUGCAAAUAAUGGCUGAAGAAGGUUACGCAGUAGUUCACUGGUGUGCUCCCUUCUCUCCAGUCAGCCACUACUGGCUUCUGCUUUGGGAAAGCAACGGAGCUCCACAGAAGAGUGCCCCUCUCAAUGCUACAGUUAGAAGAACAGAACUGAAGGGCCUGAAGCCUGGGGUUGCUUAUGUCCUCUGUGUGGUGGCUGCUAAUGAUGCAGGUGAGAGCAAUGUUCCUGGGGCAGAUGUUGAGGGUCCUGAGAACUGGACUGGCCCUUCCUUUGGGCCCUGUCGCAAGCUUAUCAUGCCGCCCAAGCCUGUUACCCUGGUCCACGCUGCCGUGGGAGUUGGCACAGUUUUAGCUCUGCUGAGCUGUGCAGCCCUGGUCUGGCAUUUCUGCCUUCGUGAGCGGUGGGGUUGCCCCCGACGUCAAGGUAUUGCCCAAGCUUCAGAAGCACUCUGAUGGGAGUACCAUUGACUAUAAACAACUCUGGUGCAGUCCAGCUUCAUCUGGAGAGCCCAACCCACUCCCAGGAGGGGUGUGGGGCUUGCUGCCACCUGGCAUCAGAGGCACAACCAAGCCAGAGCAGAAGCCCAGGCAAUUGGCCUCAGAACUGAGGGUUUGUUUAGUCCCUAACUGGUCACUAUGUUCCUUCCCUGUUGGGGGGUAGAAAAAGCAAUUAUUCCUUAGAGGUCAGAUGAAAAUGAUUUAAGCUUUAUGAGUUUGAAAGGGUAAAAUUACAGACAUUUUAUAUGUACUUAUAUAUAGCCAUUUUAAAUGGAGCUGUUUAAGGCCUGGUGUGGUGGUUUACAAUUUUAAUCUCCAGCGCCCUGAAGGCAGAGGCACUCAGAUUGAAGUUUCCAAAGCAGCCUGAUCUACAUAGAAAAAUCCCAAGCCAACCCAGAUAAUAUAGUGACACCCUGUCUCAAAAAGAAUAAAAAAAAAAAACCCAAAACCAACAAAAGGACUGGCGGGAUAGAGAGAUUGUUCAGCAAUUAAGAACACUGGCUAUUUUUCCAGAAGAUCAGAAUUUUAUUCCCAGCAUCCACAUGACAUCUGUAAUUCCACUUCCAGGAGAUCCAAAGUCUACUUCUGACUUCUGCCAGUAUCAGGCACUCACAUACAUACAUACAUACAUACAUACAUACAUAUACACAGACAGACAGACAGACAGACAAAACACUCAUAAACAUAAAAUAAAAAUUAAUUUGAACUGUAGCUAUUUAAAAAUGUAAACUGUUCCUAGCUCAUAGGCCUCCCAUGGCAAGUGGCAGACAGGUCUGGCCUGUUGGCUGGGUUUUGCCAAAACCUGUUAGAUUCAAAAGGACCCUGCAACUGUGGGUGGUUCCCAUACAUGCAUAUUCUGAGAAUAAGCUUCUGCAGGGCAGAUGUUGAGGCUGGAGCUAUGUUCUUCUGCUCCCUACUGUUCUGUUACUAAGGAUGAUCCUGCUCAGAGUCCACCUGUGUCUAUGGAAGCUGAGGAUUAGAAAUCAGCAUGGGCUGAGGAGACAGGGCCCACGCCUCUGUCCACACAAGUUAGCGCUUUUGUCUGUUACUAACGGUUUGAACAAAUGACUACCCACAAGUUUGUGUAAUUGCUUUUUCACCGUAUUAACAUUAAAGGGAACCUAAAAUCAUUAUA